AUGCUUAGCUUUAAUAUUAAAUAUUACAAGGUGCCUAUCAUUUACUUUAUACGCCUGCAUGUCAGUUGCAGUUGCAAAAUUUCCAAGGAGCCACAUGAGCAAACUAAGUUUUUAAAUGAAAAGCAAGCUGCAGUCGAGGAAGCUCAUGAAUGUGGCUUUUGGUUUCUCAGAGGGCCACAACUACAAAGAUUUGCCACUGAGAAUGUCUAUGUGGUGGUCUAUGGUAUUGCUGGCUGUCUUAUCACUAUGGCCUAUUCCUACUUUACUGGCACCAUAACCACGCUGGAGAAACGCUAUAAAAUACCCUCACAAGUAUCAGCAGUCAUAACUAUUGGGAAUGAUAUAAGCACAACGUUUACUUCCGCCUUUUUGGGUUAUUAUGCAGGCAGAGGACAUCGACCGCGCUGGAUUAGCUUGGGUCUAGUUAUUAUAGCUUGCUUUUGUUUGCUAAUGACAGUGCCACAUUUGCUAUAUGGAUCAGGCGCUACAGCUUUGCAGCUAACAAGUGAAUUUGCAACAAACUUAAAUGUCAGUGAGUCGGCAGAUCGUAGCCUUUGUAAUAAGCUAGAGGAGGACUGCUUUGAAACUACUUCCUGGACGCCCAUUGCUUUACUAUUUGCAGCGCAGUUUAUCUCAGGCGUAGGCUGCUCGCUGUUCUAUACACUGGGCGUGUCUUAUAUGGAUGAUAAUACAAACAAAGCAAAGACGCCCGCGCUGCUGAGUUGGUCCGCCUUUUUGCGCAUGCUGGGCCCUGCGCUGGGUUUCUCCUUUGCAUCGCUUUGUUUGCGGCUUUACAUUAGUCCGGAGCUCAGUCCGCUUAUACAGCGCGAUGAUCCACGCUGGCUGGGCGCCUGGUGGUUGGGUUGGAUUAUCUUAACAGUUAUACUGUUGCUCUCUGCACUUAGCAUGUGCAUGUUUCCCAAAGCGCUGCCCGGCACUAUUGUUCGCAGUCAGCCCUUAACUGAGCUUUCCUUGAAGCACAUGCUCCAAUGCAUUCGACGCUUGCUGCGCAACAAGGUCUAUGUCUUUAACAAUCUGGCUUCCAUCUUUUAUUUAUUUGGCUAUAUGCCUUAUUGGUACUUUACGCCCAAGUAUAUUGAAACGCAGUAUAAGCAAUCAGCUUCCAAGGCUGCCAUGGCCACAGGCACAUUCGGCUUGGGUUUCUCUGCAGCUGGUGUGCUGCUCUUUGGCAUGUUCAUCUCCAAGUAUAAGCCCAGCGCACGUGCAUUUGCUGCCUGGAAUGCGCUCGUUGAUCUGCUUACAGUAGCUGGACUCAUUGGCUAUGUAUUCAUUGGCUGUGAUGGCAGCGAUUCAGCCACAGCCAUGUCGCCCUAUAACGCCUGCAGCUCCACUUGCCAUUGCGAAUAUGUGCACUUUGCUCCUAUAUGUGCUGCCGAUAAUGUUACUUAUAUUUCAGCUUGUCACGCUGGCUGCAGCAGCAAGCAGCAGAAUGAGCUUGGCAUAAUGGAAUACAGCGACUGCAAGUGCAUCAGCAAUUCAACAGUUGUGAGCCAGCCACUAAUUGCUACGGCAGGUGCUUGUCCAGUGGAUUGCUCGCAGCAGUUUCUCAUUUUCCUCGCUGUCAUGUGUUUGCUUAAGUUCGUUGGUGCCUCAGCUAGAACUUCGAAUCUCUUGCUGGCCUUGCGUUGUGUUUCAGCUGAAGACAAGAGCAUUGCUUUAGGUUUUGCCAGCAUGAUUUUGGCUAUACUCACCUUUAUACCAAGUCCCAUAUUCUUUGGCUGGCUGUUUGAUUUUAACUGCGUGGUAUGGGGCAAGAUCUGUGGCAGUCGCGGACUGCUUGGCCAGGGUAAUUGUUGGCUUUAUGAUACCAAAUCCUUGCGUUAUACUAUGAAUAUUGUAGCAGCUGCUUGCAUAUUUUUGGGCAGCUUUUGGAACAUAGCUGUUUGGUAUUAUGCCAAGAAUCUUAAGAUAUUCGACGAGCAAGAGCACAAUGCUAAAGAACUUGAGCUGGAAGAGCCAAUUAAACUAGAGACAUAAAGUUUACUCUUUAACUAAUUUAAUUUAGCGCUUAUAAAGUGCAGGCUGUAUAUUUAUCAUAAGCAUAUAUGCAAUAAAGUUUAU